AGAAGUACAUCCACCUCGAGACGGGAGAGGAACGACAAGAUGGCGGAGUGAAUGAGUUGCGCUUUGGGAAGAAAGCAGCGACUCUCACUAUUCCCAGGAUACGGACGGGAAAGUAAAAUCAACACAACUAGCGCGGACAACACAGAAACCGUUAAACCGUGAAAAUAACAUCGCCCUUCACGCCGAGGCGUUUUGAAGAGGAACGUCGUAAUCAAGAGGGCUUGUGGACUGCCGUUGGUGUCCUUACGCUAGCUAGCUAGCCAGCCUGCUAGCUACCAUAAAGACUGGACUGGAAGGCUUGGUGAAAGCAAUUGAGAAAAAGCUAGAGAGUUAGAGUUAGCCUUGCUAAUCCUCACUGUAUAGCAGAGCUUUUCGACACGAAUUUAAAUUUGGUUAAAUUCGUGCCGGCUCCGUUUUCAAAAUUGGCUAUCGAUACCUAGCUAGUUUGCUAGCAACAUUGUUUCUCGUACGUGGUCGCUGACGACUACACCGAGGCUCUUUAUGUUCUGUUAACGAAGACACCGAAUAGGGCAGCGCCGGAUCGAUCCCAGUGUAUCUUUUUGAAACCAUCGAGUGUUGGCUCGUUAUUUUGAGGAUAUGGCAAGCAGUAGCGGCUCGAAAGCCGAAUUCAUAGUCGGUGGGAAAUAUAAGCUCGUAAGAAAAAUUGGAUCCGGAUCUUUUGGCGACAUUUACCUGGCAAUCAAUAUCACGAAUGGAGAGGAGGUUGCAGUAAAAUUGGAAUCCCAGAAAGCCAGACACCCACAGCUAUUAUACGAAAGCAAAUUGUACAAAAUCUUACAGGGAGGAGUGGGAAUCCCACACAUAAGGUGGUACGGGCAGGAAAAGGACUACAAUGUCCUAGUGAUGGACCUGCUGGGCCCCAGUCUGGAGGAUCUUUUUAACUUCUGCUCGCGCAGGUUUACAAUGAAAACCGUACUAAUGCUCGCAGACCAGAUGAUCAGCAGAAUCGAGUAUGUGCACACAAAGAACUUCAUCCACAGAGACAUCAAACCCGACAACUUCUUAAUGGGUAUCGGGCGUCACUGUAAUAAGUGUUUAGAAUCUCCAGUGGGGAAGAGGAAAAGAAGCUUGGCUGUUAGUGCUUCUCAGGACCCAUCUUUCUCAGGAUUAAACCAGUUGUUCCUCAUCGACUUCGGCCUGGCUAAAAAGUACCGGGACAACAGGACACGGCAGCACAUACCCUACAGAGAAGAUAAGAAUCUCACAGGCACAGCGCGCUACGCCAGCAUCAACGCACACCUGGGCAUCGAGCAGAGUCGCCGAGACGACAUGGAAUCUCUGGGAUACGUGCUGAUGUACUUCAACAGGACCAGCCUGCCCUGGCAGGGGCUAAAGGCGGCCACAAAGAAACAGAAGUACGAGAAGAUCAGCGAGAAAAAGAUGUCCACUCCCGUUGAGGUUUUGUGUAAGGGUUUCCCAGCAGAGUUCGCCAUGUACCUGAACUACUGCCGUGGGCUACGGUUCGAGGAGGCCCCUGACUACAUGUACCUGCGACAGCUGUUCCGCAUUCUCUUCAGGACCCUGAACCACCAGUACGACUACACGUUCGACUGGACCAUGCUGAAGCAGAAAGCCGCCCAGCAGGCCGCCUCCUCGGGCGGCCAGGGCCCGCAGGCCCAAACCCCCACAGGCAAGCAAACCGACAAACCCAAGAGUAACAUGAAAGGUUUCUAAGCAUUAAGACAAUGUAAUGAAGCAGAGCAGAAUGGUCGUAGCAGGAUUUGCCUUCCAACACACCCCGGCAUCUAGGAUCAAAUUCACCGGACCCUGCCAGGCACCGUGGGCAGCCAUUUUCCGCUGUUAAAGAACUUUGUUCCAUAUACUAUAUAUGUAAUCAGUAUAUAUAGAUACAAUGCCCAGCAUCUAUCUAUAUAUUGGUAUGUAUAUACUAUAUACACAGAAAGCAGGCUAGAUAUGGAGCUUUGAAGCUGUAGCCUUUUCUAUUGUCCUGUUCCUGAAGACUUUUUCUUUUUUGUGUUUCUUCAAAACUGAAAACUAUAUAAAAUGGUCGGCUCACAGAGGGUAUAAUUGUGCAAAUGCCAAUAUUUUUUCCCAGAGUUCCCUCUUCUCCAGUAAAGAAGCGCUUGGGUUCACUCCCAAGCUCUCACUCAUCAGAAAAGCUUUGCCCCUUUUCCGUGUGGUCAUCGCGUGGCAUGAACUCCCCACACGUUUUCGGAUAACGCCGCUGUGGCGCGAUCUCCGACACGCAUCAGCCCGUACGGUCACUGUGUGUGUGUGUGGCGUGAUCUCCAACACGUAUCGGUCUUUACGGUCAGUGUGUGUGCGUGCGCGCGUGCGUGUGUGUGGCGUGAACGCCGACACGCGUUGGUCCUCGUGGUCACAGUGUGACGUGAUUUCCGACACGUGGCGGCCCUUGCCGUUGGAUGUAAAACAUUUGAAAUGCACAUUUCUUUUUUUUUUCUUUUUUUUUUUUCCUCAUUCUCAUGCAAAAUGAAAAGAUGUAAAACUGUUUAUCAUCAUUAUGAAUGAAUCCUUGAAUCCUGGAUAUUACUAAGCAAACAUUGGGUUUCUUUUUCCAUAAAGGUAAUUAAGACUGCCUGCUGAUAUGUGCUAGAAGAGCUUCUAAUGUGAAGAUUUAAAAAAAUAAAUUCUAGUGACUACUAGGUUUCUCUUUAGAGCGCUGCAUUAACUAUAUUGUACUUGGUAUACUGAAGUCUAAAAAAAAAAGAUAUAUACACUCCACAAAAGCAUAUUCAUUACAGAUUAGGCAUCACUUGACUAAACCUGUAUGUAAAUUGCUUAGAUGAAAAUUGUAUGCAUCCAUGAUCUGUUUUUUUUUUGUUUGUUUUUUUUUUUGUUUUUUCCCCCCCCAUUUGAAAAAUGUUAACAUGUUGAAAUGGCGAAAGUAAACGUUUGUCAGAUUCAUUUUACUGCUACGCUGGCCUCAGUGUUCCAUUCUGAGACGGAUGAAAAUUGUGCUUACUCCACCUCACCCUACCUGUUAUCAUUUUUAUAUACAUAUAUACAUUUUUUUUUAUCAGUAAGAAUUAACUUUUUUUCCCUUCAGUUUUAUAGUUUGACUUUCCCUCUUUUAAAUUGAUCAUUUUUGGGGAAAGGGUGUUUUUGUUGCUUCUUCCUGCGGUGAAGCAAAUCUUGUAAGAUAUCUCUGGGACUUUCUCUCUCUGCGACUGAGAAUUUCGCUGCUGUUUAGCGUAGCGACCUUUUCCUCCUUUUUCCUUCCUUUUUUUAUUGCAAAGAAAGUGUGUUGGAGGGGUUUUUUUUUUUCUAUAUACUUUGGAGUCUUGUAAAGAAAAAGCAAGAUUAAUUUGACUUAAUCUCAGCCUUUAGCCACAACUGAUGCUCACCGGAAAUUUAGCAGGCUGAUUCCUUUUUUUUCCUUUUUUUUUUCUCCCAAAUCCCCCCUACCCCCCUCCUCCCCAUUCCCCCUCUGACCCAGCUCAAGGUAUUUUACUGCUGGACAUUCUAUAAAAGUGUAAUUUAUUCCCUUUUAGCAUGUCAGAAUAAAUUAAAAUGACUUGUCAGAACCACUGUCCCAGUCUCUAUAAUUUUGAAAAUAAUAAUACACAAACCUCUGCCUUAGGGUUAAGCGUCCAAUUCAUAUUUUUUCUGUUCAAACGUCCAUUUCUGUUCAUUCCUGUCUUCACUGUACUACACACACAUGUCUGAACUACCACACAACCCUCGCAUUGUCAGCGUUUUUCUUUGAAACGUGUAUUAUGGGAAAUGGGAGUUUUAAAAAUACCAGAGAGAAAUCGAUACAUUUAAUUGGGGAAAAAUAUAUAUACAUUUCAAAAGAAAUGUCCUCUGUGGAAUUGAAUUUAGGCAAAAGGUGAAUUUGUGGACAUGGUGCACAGGUGUUGCUGUUAUCUAGAGAAGAGGUUCCUGUAAAAUGAUUAAUUGUCAGGGGGUGGCGGGUAGCUAUAGGUGCUUGUGGUGGUGUUUUACCAAUAUCCAGGAUUUAUAUCUGUAAAUAUUAAAAAUGGCUUUAAAUUGCA